AAACUCACCAAACCAUCUAUCCCAUUUUGUCCGAGCAAAUUAACCACCUUUUCAUAAUCACAUAAAAAAAAAAGAGACAAGAAUUCCGAAAUGGAAAGGAUAGCAGCCAGCCAUAAUGCAGUUGUUCCGGCGGCGCAGCCUAGGGUUCAGCCCUUGGCUAGGCGGGCGCCGCCGCUGUUCACUCUCUCCGAUGACCACGCCAUGGUUAAGAAAAUCCAGGACACCCAUAGCCCCGACGGCCGCGACGUCGACGCCAACAUCAUUCUCCAGAUCAUUGAGGAGAUCUUCCAACACGCCUACCCUGGCGUUGAGGGCGUUCUGCAGGGCACUCAGGGGGCUACUAUUCCAGGCGCUCAGCCAGUAGCUAACAUUGAGAAGUUAGAAGUGAAAGCUUCACUUGCUGUUGAUGGGGUUCUUGAAGGAUUGGCAUAUAUCACCCACAAAGUCUCCUGCGAGUUGACAUGCAAGUGCUCAGGUGGAGGUGACAGCAACGCAACAACCAUGGCAAUCCUGAACAUGCUGUCCAACUACCAAUGGGACGCAAAGGUGGUGCUAUCCCUGGCCGCGUUCGCCGUCACGUACGGCGAAUUCUGGCUGGUGGCGCAGCUCUUCGCCUCCCAUCCGCUGGCCAAGUCCGUGGGCAUCCUGAAACAGUUGCCGGACAUCGUGGAACACUCGGCGGCCCUGAAAUCCCGGUUCGAUGCCAUCAACAAUCUCAUCAUGGCCGUCAUGGACGUCACUAGGCGCAUCAUGGAGUUCAAGAAGCUCCCGGUGCAGUACAUCUCGGAAGACCAGCCGCCCCUCUCCGUCGCCAAAACCCACAUCCCCACCGCGGUCUAUUGGACCAUCAAGAGCAUCGUCGCUUGCGCUGCUCAGAUCACUAGCCUUCUUGGCAUGAACUAUGAAAUCAUUUUGGCUACGACCGUGGAGACCUGGGAAAUCACGAGUACGACCCACAAGCUGGUGAACAUAAGUGAACACCUGAGGGGAGAAUUGGAUCGUUGCUAUCUGCAUAUUGAGGAGAAAAUGCACAUCGAGUAUUACAGAAUGCUGGUACACCUUUUUGAGAUAACCCAUUUUGACAACAUGAAGAUUCUCAAAGCCCUCAUCUACAUCAAAGAUGACAUACUCCCUCUUGAAGUUGGAAACGUCCACACCAGGGCGAGCAUUGAAGUGCUUAGGAGGAAGACAGUGCUUCUUCUACUCUCCGAUCUAGACGUCUCCCACGAGGAGCUACUAGUGCUCUCCCACAUCUACAUGGAAUCAAGGGCUCGCCCGGAGCUACAAUACGAGAUCGUGUGGCUGCCCAUCAUCGAGAGAGCCGCGGUGGAGUGGAACGAGGAGAGGGAGGAGAAGUUCAAGGAGCUACAAGCAAUGAUGCCUUGGUACACGCUCCACCAUCCUUCAUUGUUAGAGCCAGCAGUCAUCAAGUUCUUCAAGGAAAAGUGGCACUUCACCAAGAAAAUGAUGCUUGUGGCUUUGGACCCACAACAAGGGAAAGUUGCCUGCCAAAAUGCACUCCACAUGGCCUGGAUCUGGGGGAAUAUGGCUUACCCUUUCACCCUUGCCAAAGAGGAGUCCUUGUGGAGCAUUGAGUCUUGGAGGGUUGAGCUCAUUGUUGAUAGCAUUGAUUCAAAUGUUCUUGAAUGGACUGAGCAAGGGAAACACAUAUGUUUGUACGGAGGAGAAGACAUCGAUUGGAUCAGGAAUUUCACAGCGCUGGCGAAGAGCGUGGCGCAGAGAGCCGGGAUCGAACUCCACAUGGUGUACGUGGGGAAGAGCAACACGAAGGAGCGAGUGCGGAAGAUCAACCAAAUGAUCCUCAAAGAGGAGCUGAGCUACUGCUGGAACGACCCGACCUCGGUGUGGUACUUCUGGGCGCGGAUGGGCAGCAUGCUCUACUCCAAGCUGCAGCAAGGGCGGAAGAUCAACGAGGACAAGAUCAUGCAAGAGGUGGUUACAAUGCUCAGCUUUGAUGGCAGUGAUAAGGGGUGGGCGCUCAUCAGCCGGGGCUCCGAGGAGAUGGCGAGGGCUAAGAGCGAUAUCCUUAUCGUCACGCUCGACAACUUCCCCGAGUGGGAGCAGGACGCUCGGGAGAAUGGCUUUGUCCAGGCCCUCAUCAAGUACUUCCUCCACUUGCACACCCCGCAGCACUGCAACCGCUUGAUCCUCCCCGGGAUCGCGGGGGACAUCCCCGAGAUGAUCGUCUGCGCCGAGUGUGGCCGCCAGAUGGAGAAGUUCUUCAUGUAUCGCUGCUGCACUGACUGAUCGAGACCAUGCAUGGAUGGUACGUUGUUGAUUUGAGCCUGUCUUUACAAUAUUUGCAUCUAGUUUUAAGGUUCAUUCGUGGACGCUAAUAGUCAAGACUUUAGGCCUUUGUGACAGAGGCCUAAUGUGGACUAUAGGGGUCUGUUGUCUUGAUUUCUUGGAUGUACAAUGUAAGAAAAGUGGGUUUGUAAACUAUGUAAUGUACGGUUGUGUAUGUAUGUGGUAUCUGCAGGGGCUCAUAUAGCUAGCUAGGUCUAGCUAGAUGAUUAGUAUUGGAGUCUGUAUGUUGGAGAGUAUUGUAAGUGUGUUGUUAUUAGUACUAUUGAAUGAAUGAAUGAAGAUGGGCUUUUUUAUAAUUUA